AUGGACAAGAUCUUUUCAUCAGUACAGUCGUUUCUCCAUUCGGUGACUACCAACGACAGGUACGCUUCCUACGAGUCUCAAUACAGGUCAUCUCCAAAUGGCCGUGGUCCCGGUGCUUCUACAAAAUAUAGACGUACGCCUUUAGGGGUAACUGGUAAUAGUGUGCAUGACGAAAUAGACGGUGGUUCUGGUUCUGGAACACCACCCAAUGGUCAGAAUGGUCCAUAUGGCUACCGUAAUAGCUCUUCUACUUCGUUAGACGGACCCAACUCGAGAAAUGGCUCAAAUACUAACCUGGCUUCUUCGUCAACUACAUCAUUAAACAGAGGCCCUUAUACUCCUGGAAUGAGAUCCGCACAAAUGGGCAAUGGAGGUAACAUUCCACUACAAGACUACUCAGAUGGCAUUCCUGCUCCUCCUGCUGCUGCUCUUUCAUGGAAGAGAAUUGAUCGUUGGGUCGAUGCGAACUACCCAGAAUUAUAUGAUCAGCUCUCGUACCCCGCUACUAGUGCUGACUUGAACGAAUUAGAAUCCGAUUUAGACUGUACGCUUCCUCUUGAAGUGCGUGAUUCUUAUAUGGUUCAUGAUGGUCAGGAACGUGGUGGUCGUCCUACUGGUCUCUUCUUUAAUAUCUGUAUUUUAGACUUGGAAGGUAUUGUAGAGGAGUGGACUCACUGGAAGAAUACCGCCAUUAGACUCAAUAAUGUGGUACGAAGCCAAAGACAACAAAAACAAGCUCUGUCAUCAUCAUCUGCUGCUGCUUCUUCUUCCUCGUCUUCACAACAACAGCUAAGAUCUGUAAGUGCCAGCAGCAGCUCGUCGUCCAGUGCCUUAGUUCCUCCUCAUAUGAAGCAACAAGCUCAACAAACUCCACAACAGAUCCAACAGCAACAACAACACUACAAAAAUACCCUCAACUGGAUCCAAAGACAAGAGUCUGUUCCUGAAGGAGCCAUUCAACCUGUUUAUGCCCACCCAGCCUGGAUCCCACUAGCCAAAGAUUUCGAAGGAAAUAAUAUUGCUGUUGAUUUGGCUCCUGGUAAGAAAGGCAGAUGGGGUCAAGUGAUUCUGUUUGGCCGUGACUUUGAUCGUAAAUAUGUCAUUGCCCCUUCAUGGGGUGCUUUCUUAGCUUCUUUUGCCGACGACCUUGAAGCUGGCGACCAUUCGAUCGAUGAAGACCUUGAAGAAGGCUCGCUGAUGUUCCGGGCACCAAACGGACGACUUAUUCCAUACUUUGACGUUCUUAAAUCACGAGUCGAACGAUCUGUUCGUUUAGCUCGCAAGCAACAAGGAAUUCAAAGUCCCGUCAUUGGAAGCAACGGAGCAGGCUCCAUGCCUGGAACCAGAAUUUCCCGUCCCAGCACACCAGGUCACCAUGGCGCGUCUUCUAAUUCUACUAUUACAAAUGGAAGCACUGGUACUGGUGCCAAUAAAGCAAAUGGAUCUGCUGCAGGAUCAGCUCCUGGUCGUAAUCUCUCAUCACCGAAGGGCCAGAACCUAAUCAGCCCCUUCCAGUCCACCACCAACCUUGCGACCCCAACCAGCGAGCCUUCUGAGAGCCAAUCCGAGUCAAAAGAGAAUACUGAAGAAUUGUCGGAACCAGCAGCUGAAACGAAGACUGAAGAUAAACCUGAGACCAAGACCGACUCGGAACCUGCUACCAAGUCCAACGACAAACCCGAACCCGAGUCGAAGAAAGAGUCCGAGGCAGAUGAAAAUCCCGAAACCACUGCCACGGAAUCGACUGAGUCUAAAAAGGACACGUCCGCCAGCGCAUCUGCCAGCGCAUCCGACGACGAAGUCGACAUGCUCGAAGACGAACUCACCGAAGUCCAGAUCUAA